AUGAUAUAUUUAAUUUUGAGUAUUUUUUACUUAAGUGUGUAAUCUUACAUUACUUACGAUUCUGGAACAUACAAAGGCCUAGAUUUAUACACAUAAUCAAGUUUUGUUUGCAAAAACGGAUACUCAACCACAAAAACUAUUUCAUUUUCUGGGACAUUUGAAGUUGCCCCUCAAGUCUUUAUAGUUUUAGAACUUCUUGAUAUGGCAGAAUCUAACACAGAUUUUCGCUUUCAGAUUAGCACAAUAACAACUACAAGUAACUUAAUUAUAACAUCAUAGAUUUUAAUAUAAUCGCAUCAUGUACAUCAAGUCGACAAGUAUAUCAUAUCGACUUUAAUUGGUAUGCAAUAGAUGAUAAGCGAAUUGAAGUUUUUAAUUCUUUCAAUAUGGAUACUAUUACGAGUAAGCAAUUUACUCAUGAAAAUCCAAAUGCAGAAAUAGCAAUAAUUUCUGUGACAAGUAUCUAUUAUGGCAGUGGUGCAAUAGAUUUUAAAUUAUUUGUAAUCUAAAACACUAAAUAAAUAGGUCUCAGAAUUUACAACUACAAGCAUAACAGUUGACAUAAACUAAGAUUCUACCAAAGCAGUGAAUUUAAAAUAAUUAGGAUAUUAACUAAUAUUAACUACUAAUGAUGCAGUAUCAGAUUUGGGACUAAGGUCAAUAACAUCUUCUUACACUAGUCCAGCUUUAAAUAAACUAACUAAUAAAUGGCUCGUGCUUCCCAUAGUUGGCUUUAAUUAUCUUAAUACAUUGAUGAUUGUUUAGAAAAAAACUUACACUACAACAGCGUCAACUAUAACAUAUAGUUUUUCAAAGUGUAUAAUAAAAUUUUAUAAUAGGGGGUUCAAAUCCUUUAUAAUUUGCUGGAGUUACGAUUAGAGAAAUUUGGAUUUCUUACAUAUUUACAACACAAUAUAAGGCUCUCCAAUGUUCCUUUGUAAGAAUUAGUUAGAAGUAUGAUUUGGAGUAACUAACUAAACCAAAAGUAUAUUUGGAAAUACCUUCAGUUAAUUAAGUUUAUUCUACAGUUGGUGAUUUCUCAUUAAUUGUUGAUAAAAGCAUUUCACCAGUUUAAAUAGUCGUUCACUUGAAAUGCCAAAAGGAUAAAAAAGUAGUCGGUCAAUUCAAUAAAUGCAAUAAUUGCUCUGGAUCUUAAAAAUAGUAUGUUUUUAGUCGUAAUUGCAACUCAAAUAUUAAUCAAAUUAGCUUUUACUUAAGAUUUACACCUAAUGUGUAGUCUUAUUAAAAAUUAAAAAUAAGUAUUUUAGAUACAAGUUGCUCAAUCACAUAAGUACUUUAUAAUCAAAUAAAGUCAGAAGAAAAUAUCUUAAAUGUUUAAAUUUUAAAUGUUUGA